AUGGGAGAGAUCGAGGUUGAAGUGAUCUCCACAGAUACCAUAAAACCAUCUUCUCCGACCCCUGCCCACCUUCGCCAUUUCCAACUCUCCUUUCUUGAUCAAGUACUCAGUCCAAUCUUUAUACCCAUCGUCCUUUUCUAUCCAAUGGAUGGCGAUGUCAAAGUUGAUACAAUUGAAAGAUCCAUCUGGCUAAAGAAAACCUUAUCCAUGACCUUAGUUCAAUUCUACCCACUAGCCGGACGAGUCAAGGACAAUCUUUUCAUCGACUGCACUGACCAGGGUGUUCCCUACUUUGAAGCCCAAGUUAAGUGCCAACUUUCGGAGUUCAUAUGCAACCCGGACCCCAUGCAACUAAGCAAAUUCGUUCCUCAUGCACUGGACGAUAUAGUCGACAUCGUCCUGGCAAUCCAAGUCAAUAUCUUCAAGUGCGGUGGGAUAGCAAUUGGUGUUUGCAUUUCCCACAAGGUCGCGGAUGCUUCGUCAGUGGUUACAUUUGUCAACGGUUGGGCGGCUGUGGCUCGCCGGGAUACUCAUAUGGUCUGUCCACAAUUUGGACUGGCCAACCUCUUCCCUCCCAUAAAUUUAUCCGGGUUCAAUCCAAGCACUGGUAUGACAAAGGAGAAGAUUCUGACAAAGAGAUUUGUAUUUAGUGCCUCUAGUGUAGCUGCACUUAAAGAGAAGUACGCUGAUCAAAGCACAACCGAAGAUCUCCCAAGGCGUCCUACACGUAUCGAAGCCUUAUCGGCUCUCAUAUGGAGCCGCUUUGUGGCUGUCACUCAUGGGAUGGUAGACCCAAAAAAAAUCUACACGAUCCUGCAUGCGGUGAACCUACGUACAAGGAUGGACCCUCCAUUGCCGGAGAAUUACUUUGGGAAUAUUAUCUGGUUUGCGAUAACAAGACCAUGCAUCGACGGUAUGAAAGAAGGGAAGCGCCAUGCCCUUGUGAACCAAAUGAGAGAAGCAAUAGAAAAAAUCGAUGGAGAUUACAUAAAAAAACUUCCAGAGGGCAUAAAGCACUUGAAUUUCUUGAAAGAGCGAGCUGAAAGAGUCACCAAAGGAGAGAUAGAGUCAUUUCGCUUUACCAGCUUUUGUAGGUUCCCUGUAUAUGAAGCUGAUUUUGGAUGGGGGAAGCCUAUAUGGGUUGGAUCAGGUAGCCUACCUUUCAAGAAUCUAGUUAUUUUCAUCGACAGUAGUGGAACUAAUGGUGGAAUAGAAGCAUGGAUUAACUUGGUGGAGGAAGACAUGGAUAAAUUCCAAGGAGACGAGGAGUUACUCUCAUUUGUUUCUCCAACUUAA